GGAUAGAAACUUGAUUUUGGAAUUAGAAGCCAAUUUAACUAAAUGGGGUACAUUGUAAUCUUGUUUGUUCUUUAAUGUGGCAUAGGUUCUAAGUCACCACCAUCUCCUUGAAAUGUUGAAUACUUGUUGUUGUAAGCCGACAAGAAGAGUUGACCUUCCAUUUUCCUUAAUUCAACUUUGGCUAGGCUGUUGGAGAGAGAUGGGGGAUGCAAUUGCGGGUCGAUACUGGCGUCACACGUGCGCUCGGAUGGUGAAUCCAUCAAUUGAAGCUGACAUCAAUUGCCCUUUCUGCGGGAACGGCUGUGUGGAAGAAAUGAGCAGCACAAGAUAUCCUAAUAACAACAGCAGUGGCCCUGACUUUGUUGGUUCUGAGAUCACACUGUCCCUCUGGGCUCCAGUCAGGCUAGCAUUAAUGGGUGGUUUAACCUCUUCAGGAUUGCAUACCAGUGCCCCAGAGCAAGAGAAGAAGAGGAUCAGCUUCAAUACCCGUGCUCUUCAAGAUAUGCGUUCUUCAUCAGCUUCAGAAUCAGGGCAUUCAGAUAUAGGACGGAGGGGUAGUUUGAUUUUAUUGGAUCCAUUCAACGAAGAGGCCUUGAUUGUUCAGGGUUCAAUUGGCUCUAACCAGGGCCAAAUCCCAAGUAACAGAGUAACCAUUUCUCUUGCUGAUUACUUCAUUGGACCUGGUUUGGAUUUUCUACUUCAUCAUUUGGCCGAGAAUGAUGCUAACCGAUACGGAACUCCACCAGAACAGAAAGAAGCAGUUGAAGCAAUGCCAAUUGUGAAUAUAGAGGAGAAUACUCAGUGUCGGUGUUCAAUAUGCUUGGAGGAUUUUGAAAUUGGGAGUGAAGAAAGGGAGAUGCCAUGUAAGCAUAAAUUUCAUCAUGCUUGUAUGGUUCCAUGGCUAGAACUUCAUAGCUCUUGCCCUGUACGCCAAUUUCAGUUGCCAUCCAAUGAUUCAAAGAUUGAGGCAAACGGAGGAAGAAACAAUGAAGAAAGAGAGAGGGGGAAGUCUUCAGGCUCAAAACAACAGCAGAAUUGGAGUUGUAGAAGAUAGAACAGGAAAUGGAAGAAGACUUUGAUCCCUAUUCCAUGGCUUUUUGAUGGUUUGCCUUUUUCCUCUGGGUCCCCAAGUAGUGGGACUUUAGCUUCACUUGCCUUGCCAAGAAGUGAAAGUUCAGAAGGCCAUAUAGAUGAGAAUUGAAAUUUUGUUUUCCUUUGAACGUAAAAUACCUGUUUGGUUUGAAAGAAUUUUUGUAGGAAAACAGUUUGAAAAAUAAUGUGAGAAAGAAAACAAGAAUUAUUGU